AUGGAGAUCUACCCCGAUAAGAAGAGAACCAGAGUCGUAGGACCGGAGACCCAGAAGAGCCCUCAGAGGGGCGGGGAAGACGCUGCCCCUCCCCCAGACUCCUCCAGAGACUCUUCCGAGCUGUUCGGACACUGGGGUCACGACCUCGGCCCCGAGAGUCAGAGGGUGGCCCUCAGGAAGUUCCGUUACUAUGGCUACAACGGCUACCUUAGUGACCGCAUCUCCCUCACCCGGUCCAUCCCAGAUUUACGACCGGACGGGUGCAGGAACAUGUCUUAUUCAUCAGAUCUACCUCAGCUCAGUGUCAUCUUCAUCUUUGUGAACGAGGCCUUGUCCGUGCUGCUGCGCUCAAUCCACACAGCCAUCCUGAGGACCCCCCCCCACCUGCUCAGAGAGAUCGUACUGGUGGACGACCACAGUGACAGCC